AUGACACGCACUACCGAUGUCAGCCCUGCCCCCCAGGAGGAAACGCCUGUUGAAACUCCUGCGGCCGCCACUGAGCCCACAACAACUGAAGAGAAGAAAGUUGAAGGUGAGAAGGAGGGCGAGAAGCAAUCCAUUUUCGGCUCUGGUGUCUCUGGGGGUGUUUUUUCGAUGUUUGGCGGAGGAUCCAAGCCAAAGAGAGAGGAGAGAGACGAUGAGGAAGACGAGCCUAAGGAAAAGAAAGAUGGCGAUGUUUGUUCCCCGAAAGUCCAUGGUUUGGGAUCUAUGCAAUUUUACUAACAUAUUACAAUGCAUUAAGGAGGAGGCACCUGAGUCCCCCGAAGUCCACUUCGAGCCUGUUGUUUCUCUUGAAAAAGUGGAAGUUAAAAGCAACGAGGAGUCUGAGGAGGAAGUCUUCAAGAUGUAUGAACUCUUGUAUAAUUCCCCCUUUCAAAAUGGCUCUUGCUAAUUCAGUGUUCGCGUAAGGCGUGCCAAGCUCUUCAAGUUUGAUAAAGAUUCCCGCGAGUGGAAAGAGCGUGGAACUGGUGAUGUCAAACUUCUUAAGCACACAGAGAACGGCAAGACCAGGCUUGUUAUGCGAAGAGACAAGACUCACAAGGUUUGCGCCAACCACUACAGUAAGCCUCCGCACGCGCUAUCUCGCACGUUUAAUAUGCUCAUCCACUUCCCCCUAGUUGUCCCUGAUAUGAAGCUCUCCCCCAAUGUCGGAAGUGACAGGAGUUGGGUAUGGAACACAUCUGCCGAUGUCAGUGAGGGCGAACCUGAGGCCCAGACUCUUGCCAUUCGCUUUGCCAACCCCGAAAGUAAGACGAGCAUAGUCCCUAAGCUCCUAACACAAAGCUGACCGUUUCUACCCCACCUAGAUGCCAAUCUGUUUAAGAAGGCUUUUAUCACUGCCCAGCAGGAGAACGAGGCUCUCAUUGCUAAGGAAUAA